CUUUUUCGUUAUGAGGGGAUGUGUUCGUUUUGUCGUCCCUCCCCGCAGCCCUUCAAAGGCAGAAGCGGCGCUGGCUGACACCCCUGGCCCUGCGGCACCAGCUCUGUGCCAGCAGGCGCUCCGGGGUGGAAAUACGGCAGCGGGGCGUGCUCGCUCGCCCAGGACAUGGCGAAGAGCCUGAGGAGCAAAUGGAAGAGGAAGAUGCGGGCGGAGAAGAGGAAGAAGAACGCGCCCAAGGAGCUGGAGAGGCUGAAAAGUAUCCUGCGAACCAACGCGGACGUGGUCAUGGAGGAGGUCAAGGAGGUGGCGACCGUCCUCCCCCCGCAGAAAGUCCUCGAGCAGGGAGAUGACUGCAAAAUGGACACAGAUAAUAAAAGAAACAAAAAAACUCUUCUAGACCAGCAUGGACAGUACCCAAUAUGGAUGAAUUCCAGGCAGAAAAAGAAGCUCAAGGCACAGCGUGUUAAAGGGAAAAAAAAGUCAAAGUUGGCCAAAGGCUUAGCCUGGUAGACUCGAGGAAUUUUGUAAAAUGGUGAAUAAUUAAAUUACAAAAUAAAGAUCCCAAAUAAGUACAUGUUUCGGGGGGGGAGGGGGAAGGGGUUGGCCACCAACUAUAAUUUAUCAUUGUGUUACCUGAACUUUUGAAGAGACUCUUAGGCCAGCAAAUGAUGAAAGCAAUAUCAACUUGAUAUCUAGCCAAUUCAAAAGAAAAAAAAAAGUGGAGUGCCUUUGAAUAAACUAAGUAUCUGUGGUUAUCUGCUUUCUUGAGGGGGUAGAGUCUUCAUCUUUUAUAAUGUGGAAACUGAAAAUGCUGAGGAAAUCAUAAAAAUAAUCUAUAAGUGGUCUUUGUACUGUGUCUCUGUUAAUGUAACUUAUCUUUCAGUGAUUUUACCACAGGGUUCUGUAAACUGGCUGCAUCCCUUAGUCUUCUGUAAACUGACUUUUGUUGUGCUGAUCUGUGUUGCUUUUAACAUCUGGUAAUUAAUGAAAACAGGCUCUUAACCUAUAACUGAAUCAUACACUGAAAUCACCAUCAAGGCUUCAUGAACUUUUAUUUCUGUAAAACUAAAGACAAAGUGUCAGAAGUGUCAAUGUGAUUUUUUUUUUUUUUGUUCUGGGAUGUUUAAAAAAGAUGUUUUUUGCUACUAUUUGCAACUGAAAUAUUGUAGGAACUAAAUGGUUGAAAGUAAAAACUGGUCUAAUCUUUUGUUAUCCAUCUGAGAGAAUGACAGUGCACACAUUGUAAAAGGUAAAUUUGGCUUAAAACCUUUUCCAAACUUCAGUAAAGUGAGAAUUUAUUUUUCCAUGUGUUUUCAGUAGCCUUAUAUUCCUCUUAAACCGGUACUCGUCUUUCAUGUUUUACAAUGUGGACAUGGGAUAAAAUAUUGCAUGAUUGCGUAACAGAUGCCAUUUAUAUUGUGAUUAGCUGCAGUUGGUUGCAUAUUACUUGGCAGUAACAUGUGAUGACAGAUCCGAGAACUGGUUACCUUGAAAGCCAUCCAUUUCAAGGAUGGAAAUAAUUACAGUACCAGUCCUGCAGUGUGUUGCCUGUUGAAGGUCCCUUCAUCGAUACAGAGUAUUACCUAUGUACAGCUUUUUCUAAGAAUGGGAUCUGCCUUCUGCAAUUGCCCAGAAAUUGUGAUAUAUUUGCUGUGAUAACUUGAACAUAGGAAAUAGGAUUUAGCUUUUUAAAAACAAUAUACCGCCUUAUACUGUGCUAAAAAACUGUAGGAAGAAAUCAACCUGAUAGAAAAUUUUAGUUUUUCUGGAAAAAUGUAUAUUUUUUUUGAUUACUGAAUGUUGGAGAAAGGAUUCUUCUGUUGCUCAGGUGAAGCAAAGAAGCUACAAAGGUGUUUAGAAUAUACCAGUGCAUCUUCUGUUUCACACACAUUGAGAGUUAAUGAGACUUGGUAAGAUGUAUAGAUUAAAACUUAUUAAAUUGUGUGCCGUUAA